AUGAGGGAGAAGAGGAUGCAAAUAGGGCUGACGUCACAAAGGGAGGUCCCAUUCAUCCUUUGGAACGUUCGGAAAACUUUUGGAGUCGGAAUUCUGUGUAACAAUAUUCGGAACUUUCCCCAGGAGACGAGGGAGUCGUGCGCCGUGCUGGCUUCCAUGGCGCCGGAGCGCGGGGGUGAUGGGCGCUCGCUGCUCCCAGAGGAGCCGCCUUGCAGCACCGAGGGGCUGCCAAAGGCUUUCUUACAAAGUUUGCGGACCCUCUUCGACAUCCUAGAUGAUCGCCGGAGGGGCUAUGUGCACCUGCGGGAGAUCGAGUCCCGCUGGCUCCAACAAGGAACCGAGGCCAGGGAGUUGCCGCGGGGUGUCUUAGAAGGGCUACGCCGAGCCGCCCCGGCCAGCGGCUACCUCACCUUCGAGAGGUUUGUGCUGGGAUUGCGAGCGUCUCUGCUCACCUCGGACAAAAACCCCAGUCCGGCGAUCGGUUGCAACAGCAAGGGCCCAGGACUCAGAGAGGAAGGCAAAGCUCCCGUUGCAGAGAACGGAUUGGGAAGAGGCGGAGGCGCUUCUCGAAGCCUGGAAAAGAUCCCCCACUCUCGGGUGGAACCGAUCCAAUGCAAGAGAGAGGCAGGAGAUAUUGGCCGGAAGCCGUCACAAAACGAGAGUGCCUCUAAGGGUCUGGGGGAGGCCCGAAGACAGCAGCAGCAGCGGGGCCGCUGUGGACACAGGAGACACACCCUCACCAAUGGCGUGGACUAUGGCAUGCUGCAGCAAAUGAAGGAGUUAGAAAAAGAGAAGGAUUUUCUGCUGCAAGGGCUGGAGAUGGUAGAGCAGGCCCGGGAGUGGUACCACCAGGAGAUCCACGUCCUGCAAGGACGCCAGAAGCAGCUGGGCAAAAGCAAAGUUCACAGUGGCUUGCUUGCUGAAGGCAGUCCCGCCAAGCCUCCAAACGCCUGUCCUGCGGCUGUGAACAGCCCCGAAUGUGCAGCAGCGUCCUCCCCUCCGCUGGCGGGGCCCCAGCAGACCAUCAACAUGUUGAAGGAACAGAACCGGCUCCUGACCAUGGAGGUGACGGAUAAGAGCAAGCGGAUCACCCAGCUGGAGCAGGAGAAGUCAGCCCUCAUCAAGCAGCUCUUUGAAGCUCGGGCCCAGAACAACCGGGAAACCAACCAGUUGGAUUCCACCUUCAUCUAG